AUUCGGUCCAGCAUUCUUUCAUUUCCACAUGUCUGUAUAUAUUCACGGCUGAUAAUGUGUAUAAGUAUGCCCAUGGUCCCUCUGAACUGAAUCCAGACACCGGAUCGACCGACAAGAGGAGAUGGAGAUUGAGAGCUUGCCCGGAUCUCAGCUCAAGCCUGUCGAUCGGGAAGGCCAGGACAAGGCAGGCAGAAAGAAAGGAGGAUGGAUCACCCUCCCCUUCAUUGCAGGGAGCAUUCUGGGGCUUGGGUUGGCCAUCAACGGGACGACGAGCAACCUUUUGGUGUACCUGAUCAAGGAGUACAACGUGGAGGGCAUCGACGCGGCGCAGAUCACCAACAUCGUCCGCGGCUCGCUCAACCUGGUGCCCGUCGCCGGCGCCGUCGUCUCCGACUCCUACUUCGGCUGCUUCCCCGUCAUCCUUGCCGGCACCGCCGUCAACGUCCUGUCCUUCGUGCUGUUCACGCUCUCCGCGGCGCUGCCGUCCCUCCGGCCACCACACUGCGCCGCACCGUCUGCGGCGUGCCAGCAUGGGACCCCUGGGCAGCUCGCCGUUCUCUACGCUGCGAUGUGCCUACUCGCCAUCGGCACCGGCGGGACGCGGUUCAACGUGGCGACCAUGGGCGCGGAUCAGUUCGGCAGCGCGCGCGACCAGGACACCUUCUUCAACUGGUACUUCGUCUUCCUCUACGCGUCCUUCAUCGUCGGUGAAACGGCCAUCGUCUACCUCCAGGACGGCGUCUCCUGGGUCCUGGGCUUCGGCGUCUGCCUCGCGACGACCGUGGCGAGCCUGGUCAUGGUUCUGCUUGGUGCGCGGUAUUACCGAAUGCCGGCAGCGAAGGGCAGCCCCUACACCGAGCUUGCGCGCGUCGUCGUGGCCGCUGUGCGCAAGGCUCGCGUCAACGUCGACGCGUUUGGACUGGUGCAAUAUUAUGUUGGGGAUGGCGCCGUCGCCGACUCAAACAGCGAUGGUGCUCCAAGCAAAAGGCUAAGAUUUCUCAACCGUGCCGCCAUGAUCACGGCAAGCGACAGCUCGACGGACAGAUCAGGUGGCCGUCGCUCUAGCGGCUGGCGGUUGUGCACGGUGCAGCAAGUCGAGGACCUCAAGUCCCUCCUCGUUGUCCUGCCGCUGUGGUCGUCCGGCAUACUCGUCAGCGUGUCGAUCGGCGUGAUGAUCGGGAUGGUCAUCCUGCAAGCUCUCGCCAUGGACCGUUCCCUUGGUCCACGGUUCAAGAUCCCAGCGGGGUCCAUCACUGUCUCCUCGCUAGCCGCAUUCAUCGCCGUCACACCGGUCCUCGAGCGCGCCGUAUUCCCGCUCUGGCAAAGAGUCACGGGCGCGCUCCCAACGCCGCUGCAUCGCGUCGGGCUGGGCCACGUCGUGAACGUCGCAGGCAUGGUGGCCGCCGCGCUGGUCGAGCGCCGGCGGCUGAGCGUGGUGCGCGCGCACCACGGCGCCGACGAGGCGCUCGCGUGGGUGACGCCCAUGUCCGUGUUGUGGCUGCUCAUCCCACUGGGGGUCGUGGGCAUCGGGGAGGCCCUGCACUUCCCGGGCAACAUGGCGUUCUACUACCAGGAGUUCCCCAAGACGCUGCGCAGCACGGCGACGGCCAUGGCGCCGCUGCUCAUCGCGCUCGGGUUCUACCUCAGCACGGUGUUCGUCGACGUGGUAAGGCUGGUCACAGCGUGGCUGCCAGGGAACAUAAACCAGGGGAGGCUGGACAACGUGUACUGGGCCGUGGCCAUUGCGGCGACGAUCAAUUUCGUGUAUUUCCUGGUCUGUGUCGGCAUGUACAAGAGUCGGAACUGAUGGACGACGGCGACGACGAAGGAAAGGAGGUUCGAAGAAUUGAUACGGAGUUGUACUGUGCAGUGUGCACUAGUUUGAUACUAUGCUACUGUACAACGAACAUUUUGAAGAAUAAACUCUAGUUCUUCUGUGCUUGUGACGAA